AGGUGCUGAGAUGCAUUCACAAUCUGAACGACGACCCUGCUGUUCAUGGGUUUAUAGUACAAUUGCCUUUGGAUACCAACAAGCCCAUCAACACGGAGAAAGUUACCAAUUCUGUGGCACCUGAAAAGGAUGUGGACGGGUAAGCUUGCGGAAGGGUCAAAGGUCUGCCUUAGAGCCUCUGACUUGUAGGCAAGGUCCCGGGUUCAAUCCCUGGCAAUUUCCAGGGAAAUAGGAAUGUCCUCUGUCUGGAAUCCCGGAGAGCUGCCUGGAGAUGAGACUGAAGUGAGAAGGUUUACUUUCUUCUUUGGCGAUCACUCGUAGCCGAGUAAGAUUGUCUUCCAUAAUCACGGUUUUAAAAGUGAGUCUGUAAGUGACUGUGGAGGCCAAUUCUGGAUCCACACGUCCUUCCACAGUGGGGACAUAGGUUUCCGGGCGGGAGUUGAUCACGGUGAGGGUUUGCCAAGCGUGCCUUCCUCUUAGCACGUUUCUCCCUUUCGUCCUGAGUUCGAGUGUCUUCAAAGCCCAUGACACCUUUGGGAAAGGCAGUUCUCCAAUUGGAGUACCCGCAGACAAGUGUUUCCCAGUUCUCAGUGUUUAUACUACAGUGGUACCUCGGGUUGCAUACGCUUCAGGUUACAGACCCCGCUAACCCAGAAAUAGUACCUCAGGUUAAGAACUUUGCUUCAGUGUGAGAACAGAAAUUGUGCAGCGGCAGCGGGAGGCCCCAUUAGCUAAAGUGGUACCUCAGGUUAAGAACAGUUUCAGAUUAAGAACAGACCUCCGGCACAAAUUAAGUUCUUAACCCGAGGUACCACUGUCCUUUUUUCCCCUUCAGAUUUGCCUUGAGAGAGUCUUUGAACCUCUUUUGUUGACCACCAGCAUUACACUUUCCAUUUUUAUGUUCAGAAUAGAGUAGUUGCUUUGGAAGACGUUAAACAGGUAUCUGCACAACAUGACGAGUCCAACAAAGUUGGUGUUGAAGAAUCAGUGCUUUGACACUGGUGAUCUUUGCUUCUGAAGUGAGAUCUUUGCUACUGGUGAUGUUUGCUACUGAAUUGAGAAGGUUUUGGGCCUUUAUCAUCACAUGCAUACCAUAUAUGGCAAAGGGAUUUCAGUCCAGAACCAGAUGCUUGUACCUUCUGGAACAGAUAACAUUUGCAUCUCGCCCUCCCCCCUUUAUUUAUUUCCAGAGGAGGUUGCGCUUCAGUCUGCCCCAGACUUAGAACGAGGGAAUAGAAUUCCAGCCAGCUUUUUCCUUCCUCAGAGACCACUGACCACUGCUGCUUUGUUCUCGCCUUUUCAGCUUGAGCAGUAUUAAUGCAGGGAAGCUCUCGCGGGGCGACCUCGGAGACUGUUUCAUCCCCUGCACGCCGAAAGGAUGCAUGGAGCUCAUCAGGCAGACAGGUGAGCAAGGAAAAGCCACGUGGCCUCUUGCCUUAGUAAAAAUGCUACUGUGAAAGAGGUCCAGGAAGAAUUAAGGCCCCGGUGUGUCUUGCUGUACUAGGGACAAAAUAUUAAGAAAAAGGGCUAAAAUGUACAAAACAAGAACUAAUGAGUGCUGGAAAUCAUCAGGAGAGGAAAGGUAUCUUCUACCACAUGUGGUGGACUUGCAAAGAGGUAAAGGCUUUCUGGGAAAUGGUAUAUAUUGAGUUAAAGAAAAUGUUUAAAAAGACUUCUGUUAAAAAACCAGAAGCCUUUUUACUGGGUAUAGCGGGUGAAGAGAUUCCGAGGGAAGAUAAAAGACUGUUUAUCUAUGCAACAACUGCGGCAAGAAUUAUUUUAGCCCAAAAACAAAAAUGGAAAUAACAAGAAGUACCAAUGAAAGAAGAGUGGCAGAUGAAGAUGAUGGACUUUGCAGAACUGGCGAAGCUGACAGGAAAAAUCCAAAACCAGCGCAAUCAAGUAUUCCAAAGGGAUUGGAGUAAAUUUAUACGAUAUCUGAAAGAUUAUUGUAAGCAAUUAACAUCACUAGCAGGGCUGUUUGAAGACUUGUAAUGAGAGAUUUUCCGUCUUUCUAUAUUUAUGUAAAUUUUGAGCCAUUCUGUAAUGAGCGUAAUUAGAAUUGGAAAACGUAUAUUUGCAAUGAUAUAAAGGUUGAUUUUGAAAGCCAUGAGGCGGGAGGGAAGGAAGUCGAUAGGCUCUCUAGAGCCAGGGCGAUAUUGUGGAUGAUGAUGAUGUGAUUGUAUAAUAUUAAAUGGAAAAUAAAUAAAAAUUGUAUUUAUAAAAAAGAUUAGGAGAAAGAUGCCACCGUGCCUGUGGGGAAGCAAAGUGGCUCAGCGGUGUAGCUUCUGCUUUUUUCAUGCAGUGGAAUCCCACAAGCCCUAGAGGCUGAAAUACGUCAUUACCACGGCUCGGAAUUUAGGCAAAACUAAGUUGUGUGUUCUGUGUUUCAGGUGUUCAGGUGGCUGGGAAAAGAGCCGUGGUGAUUGGUCGCAGCAAGAUAGUUGGUGCUCCAAUGCACGACCUCCUGCUCUGGAACCACGCGACUGUGACGACAUGCCACUCCAAGACUGCGUCCCUGGCUGAGGAGGUAAGGCUGGGAGGUGGGCGGGGUAUAAAUAAUAAAUUAUUAUUAUUAUUAUUAUUAUUAUUAUUAUUAUUAUUAUUAUGGUGCUUGGAAGUACAAAGUUGCCUUGGUGAUACUAUCUUGUGUCGAUUUCAAUUGCAGUAGUCAUUGUAUCAACACCCUGUUCAUUGUUUCCUUGUAGAAGUCAGCAGAGAGGAUGCAGGGGACAAAGAUAGGAUUAGUUGGCUCUGCCCAUCGUUGGCUCUAGCUCCACCUACUGUUGGCCUCCUGCAUUACACCCUAUUUCUUCUUCCUAUUCCUGUUUUUGUUGUUCUUCUAAAUUUAUUUAUAGCUCACUUUUCCCUCUGAUGGGAACAGCUAAAACAUGCGGGGGGUUAAACAAUAUCCACACACACAUGUAUGUAUGCACAAAUACACACCCACCCAUCCAUGCAUAAAAAUCUGUAACAACUAUACAGAUAAUUACAAUAAAAAUAGCGCAGCGCCAGACUGACUUCUCAAGUGGAGGGAGUUCCAGAGUCUGGGAGCAGCCACCGAGAAGGCCCUCUCCUACGUCCCCAUCAAGCACGGGGUCAAGAGGGAAGGGCCUUGCAGGCCUAAUGGACUCUAGCCACCACUGGGUUCUUCUCCUCUCUUCUCCCUGCCUUUAAAUAUUUAUUUUAAAAUAGAGUAUUUGCUUUAAAGGGGUGGGGUAGUAGAGAGACUGAGCAAGAGGGAAGGGUGGUGGAGCAUGCCUGGUGAACCCUGGGUUGAUGCAAGCUCUGUUUGCAGGUCAGCAAAGCGGAUAUCCUGGUGGUUGCUGCUGGCAAGGCAGAGAUGGUGAAAGGAGAUUGGAUCAAACCUGGCGCGGUCGUGAUUGACUGUGGAAUCAACCACAUACCAGGUAAUUUUUUUUGAAAAAGUGUUGCACUGUUCGAAAUAUGAGCAAGCCAGGGCUGAACUGAUAUUACGCUUGCUGGUACCUUUCCCGGGAAAAUCAGAGGCUCACUAUGUCAGGUUCCUAUUGGAAGACCGGACAAACGCUAGAACAUUAGCAGUGGC